AUGUCAACGUUAAACUGGUCUUUGUUAAGUAUAGUUCAUUCACUUGAUGAGGUUAAAGUUGUUGCUAAAUCAAAUGGUGUAUGUCAAUAUCGAAUAAAUAAUCUUAAGAAUUCCACAAAAUAUUCAUUUAAAUGUUGUCAAUAUCGCAAAUAUCCUUUAUGCAAUUAUGAACUUAAGGCAACAGUACCAGAUGAUGAUCCAAACUCGAUUACAGUGAUGUUCAGAAAUACUCACAACCAUGAAUAUCGUGCUGAAACAACUCGUUUACCAUCUCCAGUACGACAAUCUGUUUCUAAAUAUGUUCAUAUCUAG